GGCGGUCGUGCCGGCCACGUCAUCGUCAGGCUAGGCUCGCCAGCCAGGCAGUGGAUGGUGGGAGCCAAGAUGGCGGCCGCCGCAGCAGCAGCCAGUAUCCGAGAGAGACAAACAGUGGCUUUGAAGCGUAUGUUGAAUUUUAAUGUGCCUCAUGUUAAAAAUAGCACUGGAGAACCAGUAUGGAAGGUGCUCAUUUAUGACAGAUUUGGCCAAGAUAUCAUCUCCCCUUUGCUAUCUGUGAAGGAGCUGAGAGACAUGGGAAUAACUCUGCAUCUGCUUUUGCACUCUGAUCGAGAUCCUAUUCCAGAUGUUCCCGCAGUGUACUUUGUAAUGCCAACUGAAGAAAAUAUUGACAGAAUGUGUCAGGAUCUUCGAAAUCAACUCUAUGAAUCAUAUUAUUUAAAUUUUAUUUCUGCUAUUUCAAGAAGUAAACUGGAAGAUAUUGCAAAUGCAGCAUUAGCGGCUAGUGCAGUAACACAAGUAGCCAAGGUUUUUGAUCAGUAUCUCAAUUUUAUUACUUUGGAAGAUGACAUGUUUGUAUUAUGUAAUCAAAAUAAGGAACUUGUUUCAUAUCGUGCCAUUAACAGACCAGAUAUCACAGACACGGAAAUGGAAACUGUUAUGGACACUAUUGUUGACAGCCUCUUUUGUUUUUUUGUUACACUGGGUGCUGUCCCUAUAAUCAGAUGUUCAAGGGGAACAGCAGCAGAAAUGGUAGCAGUGAAACUGGAUAAGAAACUUCGGGAAAAUCUGAGAGAUGCAAGAAACAGUCUUUUUACAGGUGACACACUUGGAGCUGGCCAAUUCAGCUUCCAAAGGCCCUUAUUAGUCCUUAUUGACAGAAACAUAGAUUUGGCAACUCCUUUACACCAUACUUGGACAUAUCAAGCGUUGGUGCAUGAUGUACUGGAUUUCCACUUGAACAGAGUUAACUUGGAAGAGUCUUUGGGAACGGAGAAUUCUCCAGCUGGUGCUAGACCAAAGAGAAAAAACAAGAAGUCUUAUGAUUUAACUCCUGUUGAUAAAUUUUGGCAGAAACAUAAAGGAAGUCCAUUCCCAGAAGUUGCAGAAUCAGUUCAGCAAGAACUAGAGUCUUACAGAGCACAGGAAGAUGAGGUUAAACGACUUAAAAGCAUUAUGGGACUAGAAGGCGAAGAUGAAGGAGCCAUAAGUAUGCUUUCUGACAAUACUGCUAAGCUAACAUCAGCUGUUAGCUCUUUGCCAGAACUCCUUGAAAAAAAAAGACUUAUUGAUCUCCAUACAAAUGUUGCCACCGCUGUUUUAGAACAUAUAAAGGCAAGAAAACUGGAUGUAUAUUUUGAAUAUGAAGAAAAAAUAAUGAGCAAAACGACUCUGGAUAAAUCUCUUCUAGAUAUAAUAUCAGACCCUGAUGCAGGAACUCCAGAAGAUAAAAUGAGGCUGUUUCUUAUCUAUUACAUAAGUGCACAGCAAGCACCUUCUGAGGCUGAUUUGGAGCAGUACAAAAAAGCUUUAACUGACGCAGGAUGCAACCUUAAUCCCUUACAAUAUAUCAAACAGUGGAAGGCUUUUGCCAAGAUGGCUUCAGCUCCCACCAGCUAUGGCAACACCACCACUAAGCCAAUGGGCCUCUUGUCACGAGUCAUGAAUACAGGAUCACAGUUUGUGAUGGAAGGAGUGAAGAACCUGGUAUUGAAACAGCAAAAUCUACCUGUUACUCGUAUUUUAGACAAUCUCAUGGAGAUGAAGUCAAACCCUGAAACUGAUGACUAUAGGUAUUUUGAUCCCAAAAUGCUACGGGGCAAUGACAGCUCAGUUCCAAGAAACAAAAAUCCAUUCCAAGAGGCAAUUGUUUUUGUGGUGGGAGGAGGCAACUACAUUGAAUAUCAAAAUCUGGUUGACUACAUAAAGGGGAAACAAGGCAAGCAUAUUUUAUAUGGCUGCAGUGAACUUUUUAAUGCUACACAGUUCAUAAAACAGCUGUCACAACUUGGACAAAAAUAGCACAGAAGAACCAUAACAAGAGAAUCUAUUUAGAACUUGAAUAAAUGUAAAAAGUCUAAAGAGCCAGAUAUUUCCUUCUCCAUAUCAAUGUCCUAAUGGUGAAACUUAGAGGUAUUUGUUAAUUUUUAAGGAAAUUCUAUACUUAAUAUAAUGUAUACUGAUUAAAAAAAUAAAGCAUUUCAGAAAUAUAUUUUAACAUUGUAGAACAUCUGUUAUGUUUUACAAAUGAGAAUGAAAGUACUUUGGAAGGAAGGAAAGCUCUGCUGAAGAUAAUGUUAAAAUAUUAAUAUAAUAACCAAUGUAUUAGAUUGAAACUAGUGAAACUUUAAGAAUAUAUGUCUUAUUUGAUCGGUU